AUGGCGGAGUCGCAAAUUUUGAACAUUGCCACGCUGAAAACUCUGCCUAGAAGAUCAUCCGUUGAUUUCCUCAAGGCAGACGUAGUGACAAUCGGGCCUUUGAAGAUGCUUCUCGACGUGCCAAUUCUGUGCAAACGCGUGGAACUCGCAGACGAGUCUGGCAAAAUUUCCCUCUGUUUCUUGGGACCCUCUGCCAAAUCCUUCGACGAAUGGUUCCCGGAAGUGAAAGCAGGCAAAUUUUUGGAAAUUCGGAAUGUGUGA